CCACUUUUCAGUUCACAACGAGCGUUCAACCUGAUUUUAUCUACCAUUAAAUAUUCUUUAUUUUUCCUACCUCAGAAAGCCCAACGUUGGGAUAACGAUCGCUUGUGAGAAGAGUGUCAAAAUAUUAGUGUUCAUCGAUAAAAAGAUUUCAUCAAAAAAGAACGUUCCACGAUGGGCAAAGACUACUACAAAACACUGGGUAUAACCAAGGGUGCGAGUGACGAUGAGAUAAAGAAGGCGUAUCGUAAAUUAGCUCUGAAGUAUCACCCAGACAAGAAUAAAAGUGCAGGAGCUGAGGAGAAGUUUAAGGAAGUUGCUGAAGCAUACGAGGUUCUGUCUGAUGCAAAAAAACGAGAGGUCUACGAUAAAUUCGGUGAGGAGGGCUUGAAAGGUGGAGCACCAUCAGGAGGUGGUGGAGGAAGUGGUGGUGGAAAUUACUCGUUCCACGGUGAUCCUAAAGCAACAUUCGCACAAUUCUUUGGAUCAGCAUCACCUUUUGCCACUUUCUUCGAGUUUGGGCCUGGUGGCAACAGCCGUGCAUUUGCCUUUGGUGAUGACAUGGACAUGGAGGAUCCCUUCGAGCUGAGGAUGGCUGGACAGAGGCCUGGAGGGGGUAGUGGUGCAUUCCGUUCACAUUCAUUCAAUUUUGCUCCUGGUGGUGGACGAAUGCCUGGACAAAAGGAUCAGGGCCAGGAUCCACCCAUCGAGCACGAUUUAUACGUCAAUCUCGAGGACAUUGGCAAGGGUUGUGUUAAGAAGAUGAAGAUAUCGAGACGAGUUGUACAGCCUGAUGGUACCACUAAGAAGGAAGACAAAGUGCUCACCAUUAAUGUCAAACCGGGAUGGAAAGCAGGAACUAAGAUAACUUUCCAAAAGGAGGGUGACCAGGGACGUGGUAAAGUGCCAGCUGACGUUGUAUUCAUCAUCAGGGACAAACCACAUCCAUUAUUUAGGCGCGAAGGCAGUGACAUCAGGUAUACGUGUAAAUUGAGCUUAAAGCAGGCACUUUGUGGCACUAUUGUGGAAGUGCCAACGUUAUGUGGUGAGAAAAUAACACUCAAUCUCACGAGGGACGUUGUUAAACCAAAUAUGGUUAAGAGAAUUCAGGGACAGGGGCUGCCGUUCCCUAAAGAGCCAUCACGCAAAGGUGAUCUGCUGGUGUCGUUUGACAUCAAGUUCCCGGAUACUUUGACGCAGAGUGUUAAAGACAUUUUGUAUGAUACGCUGCCCAAUUGAGGGAAUUGAGGCAAUUCAGUCAAUUGGAUUUAAUCACUUGAGAGGACUUUUUAUUUUUAUUUUUUAUUUGGAGAUAUUUAAAAUGAUUUAUGUGAAUGAUUAAUCGAACCACAUGGACGUAGGUCUAAUCGGUGAUUUAAAUGAGAGUGUACGUUGUAGUACAUUUAACGUUGGGGGAAAGCGUUAUUAUACCAACGAAUUUACUGAUCUGUGGGAUUUUUUGACCAAUCAAUGCUAAUCGACUGAUUAACGUUCCUGGCAUUCAGCAAUGGUUAACCCCCUUUCAUCGAAGGUCUCUCAACCGGUUUUUUAUUUGUGAGGGAAAGAGCUACUUGUGGCGGUCGAUCAGUGAAGUUUUAUUUCCAUGGAGACGUCUGUUAUUUCGAUGUAGAAAAAACAGUGGCUGCUUCCAAUUUAUUCGUUGAAACAAAAAAAAACACUCGAAAGAAAUAUCAUGUUUUGAAAGUGGUUUUGUGCAUAUUUUCUGCAAAUUGGGAAAAUGAGUUUUCUACAUCAAGACAGUAGACGUACUUAUGUGAAAUUACGGUGGCACACCCACAUUUUUUUUGGGCAACUGCUCUGCAUACAGAGGGAUUUGGUUGCUUUGAAUUUCACAUGAAGUUUUAGCUCUCAGGACAAGGUGAAUGUCGCGUGAUUCAGAAUUAUUGAGCCUGGGGAUAGAGCGGUGAGGUGUGAAGAAAAAUCUAGCGUAUUUAAUAUGUAGAACACUGAGACAUUAUUAUUGGCGAUUUCGGUGUCGUGGAAUGUUUGUAACGUUGCGCGCGUUAGUUGUAUGAUAGUGUUCGAUGGAUGCGUUGUUUUUGAAAUUGAUAUAUGUAAUCAAUUGUUCGAGAUGAUAAGGCAUUGAAAAUUAUUUGUACACAUUAAUAAUAUAAUGAGAUACUUUAAGUUA